UUUCUGUGGCCAAUUUUCCAUCACUGACACGAUUGCCUCAGAUGUCACCUCAACUAUCAGUGUCCAAUCCUUCCUCACCGCAGGGCAGCAGUCCAUCGCCAAUUUCGGUGACCAACGGCACCGGGAGUCCGGCAAUAAGCCCUUUUGGUGAAGCUAUAGAUCUCCAUAACCAUCGCGGCGAUAAUGACCAUCACCCGGAAGACUUCCCAAAACGCAAACAACGCCGAUAUCGGACAACAUUUACUAGUUUUCAGUUGGAAGAGCUCGAGAAAGCUUUUUCACGGACUCACUAUCCGGACGUCUUCACGAGAGAGGAACUGGCGAUGAGAGUUGACUUAACAGAAGCGAGAGUUCAAGUAUGGUUUCAGAACCGUAGGGCAAAGUGGCGAAAACAAGAAAAAUCUACCGGUGCUGGUAAUGGAAGCUCUUCACACGGUUACAAUCCAUAUGGCACGGGGACACCUACGAGUGCCACUGUUUUACCCACACAAGUAAUGGGGAACAACAUGUCUGCUAUACAUAAUUCAGGUGCUGGACAUCACAGUUCAGCGUCAGCCGCUGCAUUAUCAGCAGUGGCCACAAAUCCCGGUGCUUUGUUUGGACCACACGCUGCAUUAGCCGCAGCAGCAUAUCGAAAGCCAAUGUUAGACCACCCGAGUCUAAAAUCUAGCGGUUACUUAAAUACUCCGGCAAUGUUUAGCGCCAAUUCAUUCAACUUCGCCAAUGCGGCCGCCUUUCCCUUUCGUGAGUUGAGUGCCGCUUAUCCACAGUUAUUCCCAAACAAUUUGUCCAAUCCUUCAGCGCAAACCAUAUCACCAUUUGGUAAUCCAUUCCUCUCUCCCUACGCCAAUGCAUCCAAUUCUUUCCAAAGUCUUCUGGCAUCCCUAUCCUCAUCACAUAAUAGACCUAAAGUUGGAGAUGAAUCGUCAGCACUGAGACCAUCACCUCAUAUGAUGACUAAUCAGCAGAAUUGCAUUGAUAGACAAUCAUCGCCUCCAUUGCGAGUGUCAAGUCCUGCUAAUAGCGACAAAUCGGGUGCCGCGCCCUUUGACCUCCGAAACACUAGUAUAGCCGCACUCAGACUUAAAGCUCGCGAACAUGAAAUUGCAGUCAUGAGGAGUAAAGAUAAUAAUAGUUGCAGUAGUUGUGAAUCACCCGUAAACAACACCACCGAUCCAUAA